UCUCACUACCAUAGAUCAACUCUCUUUUCCCAUAGACUAACAACAGUUGCAUUAGUGUUUGUGAGUGUAGAUACUUUAGCUAACAUUCGUUAGUAAAAUCGUUUGCUAUAUUUGAAACACAUCACAAUCCUGAGCAGACGAGUGGAGAUAUCACAUAAGAUAGCAAAUAGUUUGUGUCAGUUACGGCUGAAAACACAAUAAUGUUAGGAUAGGUCGCUAGCUAGAUAUGCUACUUGAUAUAUGGUGCUGGUCGUAGCUAUUUUGGGGUCUUAAUACCUUAAUAUUUUGAGGAAACGUCAUAAGAACAGUAUAGCGGUUUAGUUGGACCAUAGGGACUGGCUUUAGCCAGAUAUAGCUAGCGAAGAAACUACAGAAUCUCUAGUCUCUGGUAACGUUUAACAGCAACACUGUCGUUGCAUCUACUGGAGUAAUGGCCGACAGGACAAGUUUCUUGGGAGGAAGGAUUCCUGUGGAAGUUGAAAUUAUGGCAAAGCAAUUAAAAGAUUUAGACAAAGAUUUUUUCAGGAAGAUACUUAAAGUGGUGGUGAAUGCUGUUGAAGGGAAGGACUGCAGAGACUCAAUGAAGUCGCUUGCAGAUAAUGGUACCGUCUCUGAAGAACAGUUAAGCCACAUCAUCGCAGGAAUAUAUGGACUGCUUAAGGAAGCAUUACGUCUCCCAACGUCUUCAUUGAAACAAGAAGUUUUCAAGGAAGAUCUCAGAGAACUUAGGAUAUCUGAGGAGCUUAUCGCUGACUUUGCCAGUGUUGUCUUUGGAAACAGACGUGCCUCCCUUGAAGCUGCAGCAGCACAGCAGGGCCCUCGGUUACCCACCGUUGAGGACAUCAGGUGGAGAGUAGACGUGGCCAUUUCGACAAGCUCACUGGCUCGAGCAUUGCAGCCUUCCAUUUUAAUGCAGAUGAAGCUGACAGAUGGAAGUUCCCACCGGUUUGAGGUACCUGUCAGCAAGUUUCAGGAACUGCGUUACAAUGUUGCACUUAUUCUGAAGGAAAUGAAUGACCUUGAGAAGAAAAGCAUUCUGAAAAUCCAAGACUGAAAAGUUUUUGUUUUUUUUAUACAAGAAAACUAGGCAAUAAAGAGAUUAUCAUAUUGAAAUUGAGUAAAUGUCAAAACAAAUAAUGUUUUCGAUUGUUUGAAUGUACGGUGUCUUAUGCGUGGUACAUUCCAUUUUUCCACGAUGGAAAUGAAUUGUGAUGAAUGUUGGUCAAGUAGAAUGUCCCCAAACAGAAAGAACCUGCUUAUAGCUGUUUGUCGUUUCAAAAUCGCCAUAGUAAUUUUGCAACAUGCACUAUUCCAUGAUUAAAGUUGUUCUUAAAGUUA